AACUGAAAACUUUUUUGAGAAGAUCACAAAACAAAAUGAAUGGUUGAGAUGCAAGUUCUCUUCUUUCUGUGACCGCACCAAAACGGUGUAAAAAACGUGUUGCUUUAUGUGUUAUAAAUAAGACUCUGCAGAAGCAAGUUCUUACUUUGUGCUUGUUUGAGCGAAGAGAAACAUUUGAACAUGGCUGCCACAUUCUUCUCUCACUUGUCGCUUCUUCAAUCCAACAACAACCCUUCUCUCUCUCACACACCCUCUCGCUUCCCUCAUUCUCUCACCAACCGUGUCAAACCCUCCCUCGGUGUGGUAUCUGUGGCCAAAAGGGUAAGUGGAGUGGUGCCAAAGGCCAAUUUGAAUGCCUUGGAGGCCAAUUCGGGUUUCCCCAUUUCGGCUAAGAAGUCCAACAACAACCCCAUUGUUGUUAUUGACAACUAUGACAGUUUCACCUAUAAUCUUUGCCAGUAUAUGGGGGAGUUAGGGUUUCACUUUGAGGUCUACCGCAAUGAUGAGUUGACAGUGGAGGAGUUAAGAAGGAAAAAUCCCAGAGGAGUGCUGAUAUCACCUGGGCCAGGAGAACCUCAAGAUUCAGGCAUAUCUUUGCAAACGGUUUUGGAACUUGGACCAACUGUGCCAUUGUUUGGUGUGUGCAUGGGUUUGCAAUGCAUUGGAGAGGCUUUUGGAGGGAAGAUUGUUCGUUCUCCUCAUGGUGUUAUGCAUGGAAAAAGCUCUAUGGUUUACUAUGAUGAGAAAGGAGAAGAUGGAUUACUUGCUGGACUAUCAAAUCCUUUCUUGGCUGGUAGAUAUCACAGCCUUGUAAUUGAAAAAGAGAGCUUUCCUCAUGAUGAACUUGAGGCAACAGCAUGGACAGAAGAUGGUCUUAUAAUGGCUGCUCGUCAUAAGAAAUAUAAGCAUCUACAGGGUGUUCAGUUUCAUCCAGAGAGCAUCAUAACCCCAGAAGGCAAGACAAUUGUCCGUAAUUUUGUCAAGCUUAUCGAGAAAAGGGAGGCUGGUGGCUCUUGAAACAAUGUUUGAUGUGUAUAGUUAAAAUUGUGGAUUGACGCAGCAUACUAGAAAAUAAAGAAAAGGUAUAAUAGCACCUUUGUCAGCCACAAUUUAGAAUAUCAUAGAAAAUCUUGGUAGGGAAGAACCUUUAGCCUGAUAGAUCUAUUAUUUGAUUUCCCUAAGAUAUAUAAAAGUUUGGUUUUAGUUUCUCCUUGGA